ACUUUGCGGUAUAUGCAUUCUAUCCUCAAGAUGGCGGAGAAAUAGUGAAGUGACCAUGACCUUGAUGAAACAGAAGACAUGUAAUGGCCAGGACCAAAAACCAGGAAGGCGCUUGCUCUACACCGGUGAAGGGCCAGGUCAAUCACAGCCAUCUUUCUAAAAACCAGGGUUCACAGCAGUGUGAUGUUGAAGGCGAUGUGAACUCCACCAUACCUACAAAGAAAGGGAAUGUUUCUACUUUCUCUUCGAAGUUUGGCAAGAGAUCCCGAUCCUCCUCUCCUAGGCAACAGGAUUUGUCUCCACGGCGAAGUCUUAGAACUGGUGUCUCUCAGGAACCUUUAUGUCAGACAGAACUUUCAGUGCUAGACCCUACUGUACGUGUGAAUACUGAUCACACAUCUCUAACUCCAUCUCAAAAGUUCAGAUGGAAGAAAAGAUCCCCUGGCAAUACUGGAGAAACUGAUGUUUCCAAGACUAGCUCAACAUAUGAAGAUCAUGCUGCUUCUCCUAAAAGUGCUUCUCCCAAUUUGAACUUUAACAACCUGUCAGAAGCAAAGUCUGGGGAAAGAGCUGUAGAUGAAGGGCGCAUCUUUGUGUACCAGAAUGUAAAACAUGCAAUAAGUGAGCUACCUGGAGGAACCAAGACAUCCGGAGGAACUAGUACACCCAUUGUUUGCAUACGGGACGUGUUACAAGGUGACGAGGAAGCAAAGGUGGCAGGGAGUGGUACACUCAGUGGAAGUGAACUGAGGAAACAUUUGUUAAAAUCCUUAAUCACUACAGGUAUGGCAAAUGAAGAACCAAACCUUGCGGGAAACAAGAAGAAAGUUUCGCCUAAAAAGGGGUCCAUGCAAACUCAUGAAAAUCAUGAAUUGGCUAAAAAUUUGCCUGAAAAGCCAAUCAAGACUAAAGUUGUUACUAAAUCUCAUUCAGAAAAGAAAGAAAAUCUGAAAAACACUUUAAUGUUAUUGAAAGAAUGCCCUCCCAAGUCUCCAUCCAAUGGUACCAAGCCAAGUCCCAAUCUUGACCAAAUUGAAAAAGUGAAGAACAAAAAGAAGAAGCGUUCGCCUUCAUCAACAAUUCCUAUGGAGAUGAAAAGUAUGUCGGAUACAUUCACUACUGAUACAAGACCCCCAGGAGACUCGGGACCUGUAGAAAUAACACUCAACAAUGGGGAUCAGUUGCCGAUAGAUACGGGUCCUGAAGAUAUUUCAGGUAGUCUCCCUUUGUCUACCUCUCCUACACCUCCAAAAGAUGGAGAUCUACGACAUGGCCGGAGAAUACGCUCUCCUAGUGUACGGUAUGCUGAUGAUAUGAUUCUCUUCCCCCUCAAGUCCCCAAGGAAGUCACCCAAAUUUGGGAAUUCUCGAGACGGCGGUAGUCCAGAGGAUAAACAGGAUAAGACACCAGAGAGAGAGAAACCAAAUAGAAUGGCAGAAGGGGAGAAACUUACAAAGACAGCUGAGUGUCAAACAUCAGAAUUGUAUGCCCUGUUAACAAGAACAUUGUCCAAUGAUAAAAUCAUUACUCCCUCACGGCGAAAAUCUCCAGUGGAGACGACUGACGAGAGUGAAAAAUGUACGAAGGCCAAGAAAGUAACUGGUGCGGUUAGAGAGAUUGACUUUAGUGAGGGAGUUAAAACUAACACGCGUGACAGUCAAAUACAGGUGCAGAUGGAGGAACAUCUGGCUAAUGUUCACAAGGAGGAAUUAACUCGCCUUCGAAACGAGUUCUCCACAGAUACUGACAACAUAUCUUCUCAGUCUACCUCAGCUGUUGGCAGUUACCAUAGAAAUACUAUAGAGGAUUCAAGACAAUUUACAGAUAUUACCUUAAACCCAAAACAAAAAAAUGCAAAUAAAAAUGUGUCCAAACCAUGUAGUUCCAAGGUCAGUGACUCCAAACUGAAAAGUUCAAUCAAAAAGGAAUCCAAACAAAUGGUCUCCAAGCAAACUGAUCCCAAGCAAAAAUGUGUUCUUAAAAGUGAUAAAAAACAGUAUAGUCCUAAACCAACAGACAUCAAGCAAAGUGUUUCUGAACUGAAUGAUUCCAAACAAAGUGAAAACAAAUCUGAACAUUUGAUGGACUCGGAACAAGUUGUUUGCAAGCAAUUUGAUGGUAAGCAAAAAAGUUCAAAUAGAAGUGUUCCAAAGCAAAGUGUUUCCAAACAAAGUGAAUCCAGACAAUUAGAUUCAAAACAAAAUGGCCCCAAAAUUAAAAGUAGUAAUAAAAGUUUCUCCAAGGAAAUUCAUUCUGAGGAAAGGUUAAGUGUAAAAAAUGAGCCAAAGAAAAUGAGUGGUAAAAUUGACUCUAAGCAUAAAGUUAAAACCAAGCAUGCCUCCAAACAAAUGGAUGACAGUGUUAGUCCGUUAAAACAGGGUGGUCACAUUAAAUCGAAACACAAGAGUAAUGUGGACUCUGAACAUGCGUGUAAAAGUAAGAGUGACUUUGAACAAAAUGGUGAUAAAGAAAAACUGCAAUGUGAUAAACCCCAGCCUAAGCACAGUUGCGUAAUGGAUGUAAAAACAGACUUGAAAAGUAAUGUAGAAUGUGAUUCCCAGCAAAGUGCAAGGGUUAAGUGUAGUUCUGAUAAAGAUGUUGCAAAGAAGAAGAAUUGCAAGGAGGACAAACACAAUGGAUCAGGUAUUCAUGGAGUUAGUGACGGUAAACAUGAGUCUGAAAAACCUACGGACAACUAUAAAAGUGAUAAGGAAACAGAUACUAUGGAAACGAGCAUUAAAAGUGAUUCUACAGAAAAGUCGGACAGUGUUGUUUCCCAGAAACCAAAGACUUCCAAUCUGUUUAGUCUUAUCUCCCGUGUGAAAUCCAAUCUGGAGUGCCCCAAUCCUCUCACUGAAUUUCUUAACUCUCCUCUUUAUGAUCCUGCCCCAUCUGGUGAUGAUGAAGAGGAAAUAAGUGAUGAGAGUUUGAUAGCUUUAGAUAACGAUGAUAAAAAGUUAUCGGAGGAGUCAGAUCAUUCUUUUGAUAAGGACAAGAUUGGUUCCACUGAUAAACUCUUGACUGAAAUUCCUGAAAACAAGACUGGAAUAGAGUCUGGAUCUACUUCAACAAAAGACAAUGCCACCGAAAAACUUCCACAAAUGCGUAAAAAUGACCAAAACAAAAACUCUUUAGAGGAUUUGCUUAACUCUGGUGGACAAGAUGAAAGGGGCAAAUCACAUGAAACUGAAAGAGUGACGAGGCGUUCUCAAAACAAAAAUAAUUCACCUGGUCGGGUAACUAGAGCACAGACGUCUCCAGAAAAACACCAACCUCAGACCAGGUUAUCUAGACGGUACAACUCUCCUGACAAAAACACUAUAUAUCCAGCUGAUGUGAUUCUAGUGAAUUCUGCUACCUCCUCAUCUGAUAAUAUUAAAUCUGUGUCAUCAGAUGGACAGAAAUCAGAAGAAAAAGUGGACAACAAUCAGUCGUCAACCGUGACAUCUACAGAUGCCGAUUCCACCACAGGUGACUCGCCAGCCAGGAAGAACAUCUUUGAUCUGUUGAUGUGCUCUUAUAAACCAGGUGAAAAAGAGGGAGAAGAAGAAGAGGAAGAAAAAGAGCCAAAAGGGUCAUUGGCACCAAACAAUCAAGACACGAGUGGUUCUGUAACCGACAAGUUGACAUCAUAUCCUUGCAUUGAAAGUGGUAAUGCAAUCCCUAAAAAAGAAUCGGAUUCAGAUAGAAGUAAAAAAGACUUGCAACUCAAUGAAUCUGCCAAGAAAGAAUCUAAAUCCAGACUACCAGAUACUAUAGAAACGGUAGAUCUGACAUGUGAUGAGGAUGGCUUUGAAUCUGAUGAAGCCAAGAGGGACGAGAAAAGACAUGCCACUCCCCAGAUGAGUCUCACAGGAGUGGGAUUUAAAAGCAGUUUGACUGGGUCAUCAACUGCCUCCAAUGUGUUGCGAGGCCAGACAGGAUUCACAUGCCAUGAUACUCCUGAUCACCCAAAGAUAACCGAGCCCAGGCCUCUAGAGGUACUGAAAAGUGUGGAGAUGGACACACCAGACAAAAUGUCGGCCUUUCAGAGCAAAUCCCUCGAUGAAUACCUUCGGAAGAUGAAAAAACAGAACACUCCUGCCGAGCCUAAUGAUAAUGAUGAUGAGGAUGAGGAUGAAGAUGAUGAUGAUGAGGAGGAGGAGGAAGAUGAAGAAGAUGAAGAAGAGGAGGAGGAGGAAGAGGAGGAGGAUGAAGAAAAUGUUGAAAAUGAAGAGGAUGAAGAGGAUGAACAGAGGGAAUUUGAGGAGGAGCUUGAACCAGACUUUGAUGAGGUUGAUGGCAUGGUGUUUGUGUCUUUCCCAUCGGAGGAAACACUUUCUGCUCACAUAGAGGUAGAAAGAAAAACGAGGAUCGGCAAAAAUGAGAAUUUGUUACUUGGUAUAUCUCGAUUAAGGAAUCUUCGGAAAAAGCGUGAACAUAUACAAAUGAAGUAUAAUAAAAGAAUUCAUAGACUGAAAGCAUUAAAAGCUCAGGGACAGAUGAAUCAGAAUUUACGUGGGAUGCAUAAGGCUCUGGAGAAAUAUCAAAAGUUGUACAGGACAGAGUUGUAUAUGAUUUUGAAAUCUAAGAAUAAAGAUGUUAACUUCAAGUCUCCACAGAAAACCUCUGACAUCACAAAGAUCAAAGGAUGGAAGAAAAAAUUCGGCAAUACUGAGCAACUUGCUGAGGCCACUGGUUUACCAAUCUCACAGGCAGGAAAACUUCACUGGAGAACGGAGGCUCGCCUCUUGAAAAAUCUCAAACCUGAUGAACUGAAAGAAAUAGGACUCAAUCUGAAGAAAAAGCGAAGGAAAAAUCUUGUUUUCACAAUAAGGAAAGGUAUGUCAAAGGGAGACAAUCGAUCAGAUAGAAAUGAAGAUGGUACAGAAUAUGAUGAUGCAGAGGGAGAAGGCUUUGAGGAGGAUAAUCAUGAAGAUGACUUCAAGGAUGAUAUGAACAGAGAUGAUAGCUGGUUUGAAGAUUUCAAUAUAUCUCCGGAGAAAGAAAAAAAAUCUCAAUAUAUGAAAAAACAAGAAAGACUUAAGAAACGACUGAUGCUCCAGAGUUUGAGUUUUGGCCCAGAGGAAGAAACUAUUAUUCGCAAACUUGGAGGGCAGAGGUCGUUGAGAAAAAGUGUCCUUGGUCUGAACACUGAUGACAGACCUCCUUCACUGGAGGAGGUAGCGAAGGGAAAGCGAGGAAGGAAAAGAAAAGGAGAGGUUGUAACCCUAACAACAGUGUCUCAUAGCAUGGCUUUAAGUGCUCUUGAGGCUCUUGAUGGACGUUUUGUCAAAGAAAUGCCAAAACCACCUCCUGUUCCUAAAACAGUUUCUCCUGUGAAGGAGGAAAAAUCUGAUCGGCUGGGACUACAGGAAGAUAGCAAGGAUUUUGAUGAAGAGUGGCUGCCACCGGUAGAGUCGACUAAAGAAAAAAAGAAACGAGGCAGAAAGAAGAAGAGAAGGUUUUUUCAGAAGAUCAAGGAGGAAAAUGCAGUGCAAUGUGAUCAGCCAGGUUGUCGAUAUGGAUGUAUCUGUCACCUGUGUAAGUUUGCUGACCCUGUACCUGACAGCGAUAGUCGGCCUUCUCAGGACACACCAUGUGACAAAGAGUACUGUCGACUAGGAUGCAUCUGUGAUAGUAUUGGGGCACGGGGUCAUGAGUCCCUGGGAGAGUGUCAGAAACCGGAGUGUCAAAAUGGCUGCGGGUGCAUAAAGGAAGAACAAAUGGAAGGAACAGAAGAGGAAAAACGGCAGAGACAGAAAGCUGCUCAGAAACGAUUUGAGGCGUUACCUCGGCGACAGUCCACUUACAGGCUUGCCAAGAACCUUGAUGCUGUAAGUAGGAAAGCCAUGCUGUAUUAUGAGAGCAGCGAGAUGUACUGUACUGAACAGAGCACAAGGAAACGGAAGAGUAAGGAGGUAGAUGACCUUCCAGUUGGACAACACAAGACAAUUUGUCAUACAACAGGUCCUGGACAGACAUCAGCUUCUAAUGCUGUUGUCCUUUCCAAUCCGGUUACUAGUUUGGUCUCCAGUGCAGUUUCAGGGACUUCAAGUCAACAAGCCAUGAAAGUGGUGCCUUCAACAGCUACGGAUACGAGGAUGAACCGUUACGUUAUAUCAGCAGGACAAAUCAAGUCCUCCAAUGGAACUCUUGAUGACUCCAGGAAUUCAAAACCAGCAUCCAAAGCUUCGAAGCCCACUGGAAGAAAUGAUCCGCCAUGGUAUCACUCCAAUUCUGGCAAGUCCAAGAAAAAGGAUGAAGUCAAUGUACGAAGAACUGAGUUUGAUGACAUCACCUUCGACGAAAUGUUGGAGUCGGACAAUGAAGAGUCUGUAGAGAUUACCUCCUGUGCUCGGACUGUGGUCUACAAAGCCAUCCGCAGGAAUAAGCAGAGGUGUACAUGUCAUGCAGAAAACUGUGCUCAGAGCAGUGCAAGUUGUCAAGGUGUGAAGGCCACAGAAUUGGGGGCACAAAAAUCCAAGACAGCUGAGGUUGGUGACUCUUUGAGCCCGAUAGUUAUUUCUCCUGGGAACACUCCUCCUUCCUCACCAUCUGCCCAGUCCUCGAAUUCUACCAGGUUGUCCGGAUGCAAUGGAUCAAAGAAUAUGCCGACAGUUGGUGCAAAGAAAGCCAUCCACACAGGCUGGCAUACACAAUGGGUCUGUCUGAAAACCAGCAAAAAAAAGUCUGAAGACGAGGAAGAGAGCUAUGAAAUACGACUCCUGGAAAUGAUCUCCAAUUGUAACUGGGAAAACGCCAAACAGAAAAUCUUGUCCAAGAUAUCCAACCAGAUUUCGCGUGAACAUUAUCCUAACCCCAGACAGAUGAUUGUGGGUGAUUUUUUUAUCUCGUUCCUGCCUCGUUCUGACAAACCUGCUGUGAUACCUCCAGAGGUGAAGGCCAAACUUCCCAAGUCUAUCUUUUCAAUCAGGAUAAAAGUGGAAAAACGAAGCCAGGUACUGAAGACUCGCCUUGGGGAGUUCAUUACUGCACAGGAAAAGAUCCUGAAGCCGAGCCUGGAGUCACAAGAUGUUAUAGCAAUAGACGUACCACCUACUACUACCACCAGUUCUAGCUUAGUGUCAGGGGGUAUCUCUGGUCUAAGUCAUCUCCAGAUCAAAGGUCACACCUCAUCCAGCACGUUAAAGUGGAUACCAGUGCCAAGUACAGCUGGUAAGACCGUAACCAGUCCUUCCCAAGUAUCGCCCCAGGGUGUAUCAUCCCUCUCCAGUGUCCUCCUUAAACCAGGGAUGUCAACCAAGGUCGGUGCUCCUUCACAAGGCACUGUUGGCAAGAGUCAGUCCAACAAUCUUGUCAUUCUACAGAAUCCUGAUGGGCAGAAAUAUGUUCUGGCAUCUCCUGUUACCCAACCCAGCCAAGUCCAGCUUGUGUCCGCAGCCAACUCAAGUAGUCCCGUCAUUAGCUCUGGUGUGUCUCAAAUCCUUACACAGGGGACCUCUGUCGACUCACUUGUAUCCACUUCUACCUCAACUACUACAGUUGUCAGUUCCUGUGUUCCUGUUAUGAUUUCGACCAUGAUUUCUGCCUCGGGUUCACAACCUGCUUCCAGCUCAGCUAUGUCUAUCGUGACAAAUCCGUCUGUUUGCACAUCUACACCCAAUAUCCCUGCUGCCAGUGUUGGAAUACCUCUGAACAAACAGCUCCCUCCAAAAGUGAGCAUUCUCUCUCCCAUUAACAAAAAUGUACCACAGCCUGUAUCCCCUGCCAAUGCAGGGAUCACUCUCAUCGCAUCCAAUGUGCCUCAGUCCAACUGCUCCAAAAUUGGAUCAACCACGUCUGUUUCUGGCUCAAAUGUCAUUAACAUGACUUUCACUUUACCUGGUAAAAAUACAUCACAUUCAACAGUCACAACUCAUUCGGUUCCUGUUUCCCUCCUGGCAAAUACCCAGGCCAUUACCAUGGUAACUGUGGCUACUUCAGUAACCCCAGCCAGCUCAGUAAAGACUGUACUAAGCUCCAUACCACCUGGUAGUCUGUUGACACAAGCGUCCAGCCUAGCCCUGCACCCAAGUGUGAAAAUUGGUGAUAUGGGUUCCACUUCUACUAGAUCUGGCAUUAUGUCCAAACUUGUUCCAAUAGUGCCUAAAAUGAAACAGGAUAUGGAAGUGCCUCAAUUGAAGAAGAUACUGAUCCCAAUAUCCACGGCAACGAGUAGUAGUAGUAGUCACAAAGUGCCUGUUGCUCCUAGCAACCAGAGCAAAGUUAGCGCUGAAAAAUUUCAACAGAUGCUAAAUGCUAGCAGGGAAAGGGCUAUGAAGAAUGAGGUGGUUGUGGUAAAGGAAAUGCGCUUCGGACCAAGUGACAAUAAGGAACUGGUGACUAAGAACACCAAAGAGCAGGGGGAUGUAAUGUUUCAUUCCUUCGUCAUGAGUCGACCCCAGGGUGCGACUACCGAGGAGACAAAGCAGGGCAUGAAACGGAAGAAACAGACAAUGGAUGGGGACAGCAAUCGGGUAACUGUAGGUGACACUGAAGAGAAAAAGAAGAAAAAGAAAAAGAAAAAAAAACUCCAACCAUCUGAAGGUGAUGAUGGAGGAACAAACCCUAUAGAGGAAGGGAAGCAAGUCACCAAAAAACGUAAGAAGAAGAAAAGUGAGAACAAUUCUGAUGGUGCGUUACAAAGUAAAAUCUCUGAAAUCAGUGCUGACAUCGCUAAUGAUUCAUCACCACCUACAAAAAAGUGUCGCAAUGAUUCUACAGAUUUGGCAAAGGAGGAAUCAUUGAUUUCCGACUCGGCGAAAGAGAUAGAGAAAACUGUGUUGGAUGAAAAGUGUGGCAAAAAUGGAUCUAAUAUUAUGGAAACAAAUACAAUGUGUGGUGAGAAUUCUGGGAGAAAUUCAGGUGUAAUCAUCAUUCCUGAAUGUGACAAUGACAUAAAAUUGGAUGCAAAGAGUGACAAAGUAAUUUGUUCAGACUCCAGUUGUAACGAAAAUUCUAUAUCUGAACCAAAAUGCAUUGGAGAUCCUGAGACAACUUCUGACAGUUUGGAGAUCACUGAAAUCAAGAGUGUAAAAGACACAGACUCCACAUGUGAUCAGAAGAAGAAAGUUGCGACAGAUCUGCAUUCUGUAUUGUUUAGUCAGAUUGAGAACUCCAUCCGCGAAUAUGAUGGUCAGGAUAAAUCCAUCACCUCAGAAUACAUAUCACAUAAACAGUGUGAUAGUUUGACAACUGGGAAACCAAAUACCUCUGAAGUGACUGUCAUUAAACAAUGUACUCCUACGACAGUCAAUACUACCACUAUUGGAGAAACCACCAAUAAACCUAACAAUUCAACUCCUGGAGGUUCUCAAAAUAACAGCUCACCAGCAGGAAGUCAUAAUACCUGUGAUGAAGUUGAUGGUAAGUUAACUGUUUCCUCUAAGGAUGAUUUAACAGAUGCUGCAGUGUGUGUUGCAUCCCGCACAAUUGAUCAGUUAAUCGCUCUGCCUCUUGACUCGCCAUCUCAGUUUGAAAUGGACACAGAAUCUAGUGAAGGUGACCAUCAGUCUUGUGAAACUUCCCAGAAUUCCUUAAAUGAUCUGAAGAUGUUAGCAACGGUACAAAAGGCAAGUGUGGAUGUCCUUCAGAUCAUUGAGGGAACCAAAAACCCUCAGGGUGCCAAGCAUCCACUGGUGCCUGUUGUGACUUCAAGGGAGGAGGAAGAAAAUAAAACACACACGGGUAAACCUAGUAUACAGAACAGGGUCACAAUACCUGGCAGUGAAGAAUGUAUAAAAGAUGGUUUAGUGGAAAAACUUGUGGGGAAAAGCAUGGAGAUAGUGAACAGCAUUCGUCACCAUAUUGACUUGUCACAAGAUAAAAUCAGGGAAACUAAACUGCAGACAGGAGAUGUGUACGCACAGGAGGAAAAAACACAAACAGAACCUAAGGAAGAAGAUGAGAGCUGGGAGUCCAGGAUGAGUCAUGAGGGUUGUGAUGAUGUAGUUAUUAGUUUAAGUGAUGAUGAGACCGAUAGCCCAGACGCUGAAAAUUCAGUAAGUAAGGGAAUUUCUUCUACAGCUAAAGGAGAAAGUGGUGGUUCUAAAAAUAGCAUAGGUAACACAGAAGCUGAACCAGAAGCAGUAAUUGUCAUUGAUGACGAAGACAAACCCAGCAACAGUAUUGACAAGCAGCAGGUCACAGCACCAAGUAUUGUCAAGUCUAACAGAGUUAUUCCCCCUGCCAUUGAUGAGGUAGACAUCACAACUGUCGAUGAGAAUGAGAAUGAUGGCAGCGAUAUAGACAUAGAAAAUGCAUCAGAUGAGGAGACAGGCUCCAACCAGUUAUGGUCAUACCUGAUUCAGGAGAAACAGAAGGUCCAACCAUCUUCUUGCUCCAUCCAUAGCCAUAAGGGCAAGCGCAAAGCCUCCCUUGAUACCAUCGACAACAUGCUCAAACACAGCGUGGAAUUCAAAGAGGGCAUCGUGAAAUCCUCCAAGAAUGAUGCUGGCAAAUCAAAGGAAAGAAACACCAGGCACAGUUCAAUGGAAAAACAACGGAGAAGAGAUCUGAAAAAUGGGUUCAAAGAUCUUAUUGAAGUUAUCUUUGGUCAGGAUGAAUCUGGUCAAAAGAAACCUUUGUGUGUGGAAACCAUUCAGGGUGCUUCUAAAAUCAAAGUUCUUCACAUGGCGUUGAACAUGAUUAAGCAGAGUGAGGAGAAAUGUACUGUGUGUCUCGGUACAAAAGAGAGUCUCAAGGUUCAGAACGAGGUACUCCAGUUACGCCUUGACCAGUCACGACGUGAUUUGAUUACUUCUGGUAUGGCUGCAGGAAAGAUACAGGAUAUUUUGAGCAAGAUUUCUAAGACUUGCCAAUUCAUCUUUGCAAAAAGGGAAAUGUUGAUGAAAAAGAGAUUGGAUACCCAGAAAGUAUCUCAGGAUUCCAGUACAAAGUCUGAUACCAAAGCUGAGGAGAAAUUGGAUCUUAAGCCUUCAGUAAAAUCUAAAAAGCCUAACCCUAAAUCUAAGACAAAACCACUACAGUCUCAAAAACAUUUAAAGACACAGAGUGUAACCCCGAUUCUACCUAAGGGUGUUCCAUAUACAGCAGUACCUGUGCAACUUGUGUCCACAGCUCAGGUGCUACAGAUGGCACAAAUCAACCAGCGCGCCCAGCCAGAGAUCUAUAUUGACAAUGCAGAAGAGCGGGGUACUCCCAUCAAACAGGAGCGCCUUAGUGAGGAUGAAUAUGGACAAGAAUUGCCCCUCCAAAUUGCAAACAGCUGGUCCCAGCAGGAAGGUAGGCAAGGGGUUAGCAAUAGUGUCGGUACCAAGCCCAAGGUAAGCAACAAUUCAGCCAGUGAAUGUGGCAAGGAGAAAGUGGAUGAGGAGGAGUUGGAGCGUAUGAAUACACAGUCACCAGUAUUUUCAGAUGUUGACAUUUCUGAAAAUUAUUUUGUCCAGCAAGAUCAGGAUGAUGAAGUUGAUAACAUGGACGUUGGGAUAGAAGAUCCUCUUGCCUCUUCACACACUUCCAGUGAUAUGGAAUACAAAGUGAUUGAUACCUCAAGUCAUUCUGAGGUCAUGGUAGGGUAUAUACCCGACGACAGUUUGGAUCUACCUAGUCAGGAUGGGGUCAAACUUCUGGAGGAUGCAGAAAAACCCCGAAACAACAGUGACUUACCCUCUGAGGGUGUUAGCUGAGGUUAAAUCACAAUGAACAGAUAAAUCAAAUGUUCAUCGAAAGAGGAGAACAUUUCUUCUGUUAUGAAAUAUAUAUAUCACAGGAUGGUGCUAGCUGAGUUUUGUAUUUAGCAAAACAGGAAAAAAUUUCAGCAGGAUUUUAAAAAUGCCUUCACAUGUUGGGUGUCUGUUGAGCUACGGUGUGAAUUGUAAUCGGUGUUUGUAAUAUUCAAAUUGUAAAUGAACUUCAAAUGAACUGCCUUAUGUUGGUGUACAGAGGAUGUCCUCAUGACUGACUGUCACAAGCGAUGUUGUGUUUGAGGUGAUCCUGACUGUCACAACAAACAAUGUUGUGUUUGAGGUGAUCCUGUAACAAAGGGAGACAACUACAAGCCUCAAUCCAUACACAAGGCAGCAGUGUGGCCAUAGAAAGGACACUUUUUAGUGCUUGUGGAUCAGACAUUACCUGUAGGUGGUUAUCUUGAACAUAUACAUGUUUGAGAUGGGGCCAGAUGUGUUGUACAGGUAUCAGAAUUUAUAUACCAACCGUCUCAUUACUGUGUGAUUCCGCAGUGAGAUAUCUAGAUUAGCUUCCACGUCAAGACACUUAAACAGGUCUAAAUAUAGGCCUUUUGAUAGUUUAAUAUCAAAAGUUAAUAAUUUAUUGACUAAGGAUACAUAAGAAAUCCAGACAUUAGAAUUCUUAUUAUAUUUGUGACAUUGGGUAUGCAUUAUUUUGUGUAGAUGAUAAUUACAAAUUGCUAUACACGGAUUACAGUGUAAAUAUGAUGUAGUCCAGACAUACACAAUUGAAUUGUUUAAGUGGAAUUGAAUACAUCUACCAUAUAGAGAUAUGAUUGUACAUAAUUCAGUUUGUAUAUUCUCAGAUCACAUGUAGUGCUCUUUGUAGAAAAUGGAUCUUGAUGUAUAGUAAUUAUUCCUCAAUAAUAAUAGAUUUGGGAGUUUCAUGCAUGUACAUGUGUUGACUAGUACAGACUUCCCUCUAAUUGAGGUGUCGCUUGGAAACAACAAUACAUGUUAUAGAACCCCUUGGAUAAGUUUGUGGUAAUAAUUUGCUACAGAGAAUGUAAUAAUGUUAUUAAGCAUAAAUUCUCGAGAUUUCAUCGCUUCACUUUCCAAGUUCAACCACCCAAGUUUUGUUUAUCACCGUCCAUUUAUUACAUUGCAUGUCUCCCUAUCCAGAGAGGCUUCAGUUUAGUAUAGGGUAAGAAUUGUCCAUUUACUCGUAAACAAUUUUACGAUGCUAUUGCUUAACUGCUAAUAUGUAUGUCUUAAACUCUGGCAUACUUGAUAUUAAGAAGGUAUGUGUAUUGUACAUAAACUAAUUUUCUGUAAUUAUUGUACAUAGAUAGGAUACAGUGAGACAAUGGUCCUGAAGGGUCGUUGCACUCUGUGUGGCAAGGUCAAGAUUUGUAUAUGAUGGCAGUAUGUGUUCAUGGCAGAUGACGUCAGCUUGUAUGCCAGUUCCAGGUGGUCUGAAAGAGAAAAUGUGUAUUAUUAGCAUUUGUUUGUGAAUUACCUGUUUGUACGGAUUAAUGAAUUUAAAUGGGUUGAGGAUAAGAUGCAUGUGUACAUGAUUGACAGGUGUACAUUUAUAUUGAGGAUGUAUUACAUGGAUACAGGUGUUGCCAUGUACGUUAGUGUGUAACGAGGAUAAAUCCAUGUGAAAAAACAGAUAAAACUAGAGAGUGAGGAAUGUAGGAGGAGAAUUUGUAAUCCACUUUGUGUGUUCACGACCUUAGAAUGAAAUCCUGUUAUAUGUGUGUGUGUGAGCCAGAAAAGUUCACAGAAUGUUUGAGCUGUUUUUAUGUGAUACUGAACUAGAUUUCAUGAACAUUGCUAGGAUGAGUGAAUCAAGACUGUGUAGUCUCGUCAGUGUUUUUCAUUAUAUAAUUAUAAUUCUACCACAAUACCCUGUGUUAUUCCACUCUCAAGCCAUUGUAUAAAUGUGCCGACUGUUGGAUAAAUAUAUGUUAUAUACCACUAGUGGUAUAUGACCUUAUGGUCUUUUGAUUGGUCAAGAAUUCAAACUUUGACCCAUGCUGCAAUUGUUAUUGACGUCAUCAAUAAUCGAACGACGUCACAUCACCGGGUCCCGGACGUCACCGGUACACUUUAUUUGCAUAUGCCAAAUUGUACUUGGCCACGGUAACGUUUCUCUUUGAUUCAAGCCGAUAUUAUUGUGGUAGAAACAGGUCACACGACUUGUGAUUGUUUUUUGGAUAUGGAAUUUAUUUCACACUCGUAAGUUAUUUUUCAAAAGUUGCAAAAGACACUCGCUUAAGCUAGUGUCUUUUGUAACUUUUAAAAAUAACUUACUCGGGUGAAAUAAAUUCCAUAUCCAACAAUCACUCGUUGUGUAACCUCUAUUUAUUGCAUACUAGAAAUGGAUUAUUGUGACUUUAAAUAUAAAAUUCAUUGAAAUACAGGUUUCUGGAAAAUAUGAAAAUUCAUAAAUGCAUACAUGUACUUAAAAUUAAUUGCUGUAAAUUUACGGAAAUAGGAAAGUACGUAGAACCUCUAUUUGACCUUUAAUCUGAAACUAUAAGUUUUAUUGAAAUACAAGUUUCUGGGGCUCACCUGCAAUUUGAACUCUCGUCUGGAUGUAUCAGAAUUUCGUAACAUAUAUUGACCUAUGUUUCAUAUGUGGACUUGGACUUCAUUUAUUUGAUAUUAAAUUAUACAGGAUGUCCAUGAAGAUUAUUUGAUAUUAAAUUAUACGGAGUGUCCAUGAAGAUUCUGCUUUGAAUGAAAUCUAGUCAGGUUCUCAAUCAAAAAUAGGUUUAUUCUUAUUUUAGAAAUUUAAGUUGAUCUCAGUCCUUAAAACCUAAGCCUUAGAAGUUGUGUACAUCUUGUUAAUGUUCUACCUGAGGUAAGGGUGAAUUAUAGCCAUGCUUUCAUUUCAUUGAUCUGUUAAUGAUAACAUUUUGUAUAUCAGUAUGGAGUGCAUGAAUCUAAUUAUCUCGUAAUUAAAGACUUGACAUUUUGUUUUGAUGUCUGAAACACAUAAAGCUUUGUAUUCUGUAUAAUGAGAAAUAUCUUAUUUUAUCUUCCAUCCUAGGUCACUCAUUGCAAGGACAAAUUCUUCACAAGUGCUGUACAGAUCUAGAGUGAUCUGUAUAUUCUACAGUAUAAAGAUAUAUCAUCACUGGCUUAAUUUUCCCAGAGACUGAAGGGCAAUUACUUAUAACUCAUUGGGUAUAAAUUGUUCUGGUAUACAGCUGGAAGUACUUUGACCACCAGUAUAUAUAGUACAAUGCAUGGGAGUUUUUAUUGAGUAUGGUGGAGGGGCAAUCAUGUUUAAGUAUGAGAGUAUGAUUGCCCCCACCCCCCAAUACCCAGUAGGUUCCUCCCAGACAUCGUUCUUUAUAUCUGUGCUUUGACAGGGUUAAUCAUCUGUAUUACAGAAUGCCAAUGCAGCAUGUCACAGGGACUUAAAUUUGUAAUUAACUUGUGAGAAUUAAAUACUUCUGCAUGUAGUAUAACUAAUGACAGUUCACAAGCCCCUGUGAUCAAUAUUAGGUUGAUUUGAAGUCGAUUUGACUUCCUUGACCUAUGCCUUACGAUUCCUUCAGGAACAAAGGGCCACAACAAAACUCCAACAGGGCCACUACUCUGGGAAAUCAGAAGUCAGUUUAAUAGUAGUCAAUAUAUAUAAUUGUAUGUAUCUGUUACAGUAAUUCCACAGGGGUGUAUUUCAGAUUAUAAUUUAGUUGAUCAUGAAGACAUUAAAAACAGAUGAAAUUGAUGUAAUAUACAUAUCUUUAUCAAAUACAUCAAUUUGAGAGAAAACAUACAAAAUCUUCAGCAGAGGUAACCAGGGCAGAUAGUCAAGGGCAGAUAACUAGUGAAGGCUUAACUGGAUUUUUUUGUCGAAACUUUAAAAAAAAAUUCUCAAUUCUACACCAACUUAUAAUGCUUUUAUUAGUACUGUUCCACCAUGGGUCGCUGUAUUAAUCCAUAACAUCACUAGUUCUAGUUUCAGCUUCACCAACAUUCCUCAGAAUUUUCAUUUUUUUUUUUUUUUUUUUGCAUUUUAAGGCAUUGCAUGAUUUAUUAAAGCGACUACCAUGUAUGUUUAGUAAUUCAAAGAAAAAAUAUGACCAGUCUUUCUCUACUGUCGGGUGGAGCGGUUGAGUAAUAUUUGUGACAAUUGGACAAGGAGGUACAUGUGAACCUGAUCAUUUUGAUGUUAAGUCUUUUUGUUUUAAUCUUGUUCAGUUCUAAUCAGUACUUUCGAUAUUUUAUGCACAUUAUAUGUAUGUCAAGCUAAGAUUGAAAUAAAUCUGCCAUUCUACUUCAA